UCUCUCUCUCUCUCUCUCUCUCUCUCUCUCUGUUUCUCUCUCCUCUCUCUCUUUCUUCUCCGAUUCCUGCGUUCUCUGUGUUGCGUAUGGUUGAAUUGCGAACUCACUUGGAGAAGCAGCUUCUUCUUCCUAUGUUAUCCUCUGUUCGCUCUCACCUCAAUUCCGAACUAGCUAUGUGAACUCAAUCAAGCAAACUCGAUUCCGUUCUGUAAUCGCGUUUUGUUGUCUCUGAUUGAUUGCUGUUGUUGUUACUGUUUGGAUCUCUGAAGCAUGAAUCAUAGCUGUAACGGAAAGGGAUCCAUGAUGUCAACGGUGGUUAUGAAAUCCUCCGGCGAAGCCGUCUCCGACCAGUUUCCGGCGGGUCUCCGGGUUCUGGUGGUGGAUGAUGAUCCCACGUGCCUCAUGAUCCUUGAGAAGAUGCUACGCACAUGUCUCUAUGAAGUUACCAAAUGCAAUCGAGCAGAGAAAGCACUCACACUGCUCAGAGAGAGGAAGAAUGGGUUUGACAUUGUUAUAAGUGAUGUGCACAUGCCAGACAUGGAUGGAUUUAAGCUUCUAGAGCACAUUGGAUUGGAGAUGGAUCUUCCUGUUAUUAUGAUGUCAGCAGACGAUGGUAAAAAUGUUGUUUUGAAGGGUGUGACACAUGGUGCUUGUGAUUACCUGAUUAAGCCUGUUCGCAUUGAGGCUUUGAAGAACAUAUGGCAGCAUGUUGUUCGGAAGAGAAAGAAUGAGUGGAAAGAUACGGAGCAAUCGGGCAGUGCUGAAGAGGGGGGAGACAGGCAGCCAAGGCCAUCUGAUGAUGCGGAUUACUCGUCCUCGGCAAACGAAGGCAGCUGGAGAAACUCGAAGAAGAGAAGGGACGAUGAGGAGGAAGGAGACGAGCGGGAUGACUCGUCCACAUUGAAGAAGCCGCGAGUUGUUUGGUCUGUGGAGCUGCAUCAACAAUUUGUGGCUGCUGUGGAUCAACUGGGAAUAGAUAAGGCUGUUCCUAAGAAGAUUUUGGAAUUGAUGAACGUUCCUGGGCUCACUAGAGAAAAUGUUGCCAGCCACCUGCAGAAAUACCGAUUGUAUCUUCGGAGACUGAGUGGAGUUUCUCAGCACCCAAAUAACUUGAACAACUCAUUUCUUGGCACACAAGACGCUUCAUUUGGCACAAUUUCAUCAAUUAAUGGGAUUGAUCUUCAAACCCUUGCAGUUGCUGGCCAACUGCCAGCACAAAGUCUAGCCACUCUUCAAGCAGCAGGACUAGGCAGGUCAAAUACAAAAGCAGGUGUGCACAUGCCUCUCAUGGAUCAAAGAAAUCUUUUCAGUUUUGAAAAUCCAAGGUUAAGAUUUGGAGAAGGGCAACAGCACCAUUUAAGCAAUAGUAAACCAAUGAACCUACUUCAUGGAAUCCCUACCAACAUGGAGCCGAAGCAGCUCGCUAAUUUGCACCAGCCUACUCAAUCCCUUGGCAACUUGAACAUGCGAGUCAAUGGUCCCGCUUCACAGAACAACCCCUUAUUGAUGCAGAUGACACAAUCCCAACCUAGAGGUCAGAUGCUAAGUGAAAACAACGCUCCUCGUGUUUCCAGACUACCGAAUCCCUUGGGGCAGCCUAAUGUAUCAAAUGGAAUCUCUGAUGGUCUUCUAGGCAGAAACGGGAUUGCUGGGAGUAACAGACCACCUGCUUAUAAUCCUGUUCCACAGAACUCUUCAUUGUUUAAUUUUCCCAUGAAUCAAACUACUGAUAUGUCUAUCAAUAGUUUCCCUCUUGGAAGCACUCCAGGUAUAUCCAGUGUCACAAGCAAAGGCUCAUUUCAAGACGAAGUUACGUCGGGAAUUAAAGGAUCUGUUGGGUUUCCAAGUUAUGACAUUUUUAAUGAACUGCACCAUCAGAAGACCCAGGAUUGGGAGGUAACAAAUACGGGCUUAACGUACGAUUCCUCUCGGCAUGCAAAUCCUUUACAAGGCGGUAACUUUGAUGUUCCGCCAUCAGUUUUAGUCCAUCAGGGCUUUUCCUCCAACCAACAGAGUGGACAAAGCAGAGAUCACAGUUUGAAUGGAAAAGCUAUUUUCUCCAUGGGAGAAGGCCUGGAAAGAGGUAAUUUCCAAAAUGCUGGUCAACACCUCAAUAACCUUCUUGUUGACAAUUCAAUUAGGGUUAAGACUGAGAGAAUUCCUGAUGCAAGCUCCCAGACUAACCUCUUCCCUGAGCAUUAUGGGCAGGAGGAUCUUAUGAGUGCACUUUUUAAACAGCAGGAAGGCAUUGGACCAUCUGAGAAUGAGUUUGACUUUGAUGGAUAUUCUCUGGACAACAUUCCUGUGUAGAUUAGACCCUGGCCAGUUCAUUCUGUUUGUGUUGCCAUUGUAAAUAGUUGCUCUUACAUAUGCACCUUAUCAUUCUGCUAUUAUCUAUUUUGGAACUGGGUCUUAAUCGUUCCACAAACAGAAUUUGGUUGAUGCAUAUUCAGAUUUCUGGGAGUAGCUUACUGUGAAGGUUUAAUCUGAACAAUCAUGAUCUUUUAAGUAGUUGAUCAAGAAGAAUCAGCCGCAAACCUCAACUGCAUGUAUGCACAAAGCAUGUGCAAUUUUUGACAUCUUGGUAGCGAAGUUCCUAGCAAGCUUCUAAUUUUAGGGUGUUUCAUGAAGGUAUGUUGGCUUAGAGAAGAAUUGCAGAAGCAAGGUUUUGAUACAUCUGCAGACUUGUAGGAGCAUUUCUAACUUCAAUAACAAAAAAUUAUGAUUUAAUUCUUUUUGUCUAGUUCCUUUUGCAAUUUAUGUUUUUGAAAGUGAAUGACAUCGGUAAGCAUGUAAAUAUUUCAAUUUGGUUGCUGCUCACAUUUGGUCUGGAUAUUCUUUUCUGGUAAUGUCUGUGACUCGAAACUUUUGUGCUUUCAUGUUUCAGCAGUAGCUGAGAUAUGCUCUGUUCAUUACUAUGCUAUGCAUUCUUUGUAAAUGAACUUGAUUAGUUACUCAUGUGGGAUUUUUAUGUCUA